UGCAAUUCGCGUGAGCCGAGGCGCUUAGUCGCGUCCGGUUUUAAAUCUCGCGCAGGCGUGUUGGUUUCCCCGUCGCUAUGCGGGUGCUCGUGGGUGGCGGGACGGGAUUCAUCGGGACAGCCCUAACCCAGCUGCUUAAAGCCAGGGGCCACAAAGUUACGUUGGUCUCCCGCCAGCCUGGGCCGGGUCGAAUCACGUGGAGUGAGCUCAUUAGGUCGGGGCUGCCCCUCUGCGAUGUUGUCAUCAACCUGGCCGGAGAGAACAUCCUCAACCCUCUGCGAAGAUGGAACGAGGCCUUCCAAAAAGAGGUUCUUACCAGCCGCCUGGAUACCACCCACUUGCUAGCUAACGCCAUCACCAACGCCACACACCCACCGCAGGCUUGGAUACUAGUCACAGGUGUAGCUUACUACCAGCCAAGCCUGACUGAGGAGUAUGAUGAAGACAGUCCAGGAGGAGAUUUUGACUUUUUCUCCAACUUGGUAACCAAAUGGGAAGCAGCAGCCAGGCUGCCUGGGGAGUCUACACGCCAGGUCGUGGUACGUUCAGGGGUUGUGCUGGGCCGCGGGGGUGGUGCCAUCAGCCACAUGCUCCUGCCCUUCCGCCUGGGCCUAGGAGGCCCCAUUGGUUCAGGUCACCAGUUCUUCCCCUGGAUACACAUCGGUGAUCUGGCAGGAAUUCUGACUCAUGCCCUUGAAGCAGACCAUGUCCAAGGAGUCCUGAACGGAGUGGCUCCAGCAUCUACCACAACCAAUGCUGAGUUUGCCCAGGCCUUGGGUGCUGCCCUGGGCCGCCCAGCCUUCAUACCUGUGCCCAGCACGGUGGUACAAGCAGUCUUCGGACGAGAGCGUGCCACCAUGCUGCUGGAAGGCCAGAAAGUGGUCCCACGGCGGACACUGGCUACUGGCUACCAGUAUUCCUUCCCAGAGUUAGGGGCUGCCUUGAAAGAUGUCGUAGCCUAAGUAGACAAGGACCCCCCCAAGGCAGGAGCUGAGGCCUGUUGUUCCUCAACUAAGAAUUGGCUCAGGUGAUGCCUGUAUUUGAGAUGAGAAGCCAUCUGGGUCUUAGAACCUCUCCCCGUCACUUUCUUCCCGUGUUGUGUUCGUCCAUCUGAGAACAUCAGUCAAGGUUGUAAUCCCAUCCUAACCUCAACCUCUUCAACUUCUUGUCAUUUCUGUGUCGCACUGUCGCCCCAGUUCUCCUAUAUACUGUGUAGAGAAAGUUCAACAGUUAUGGCAAUAAAUUCUAUAACUAGCUUCAGCUGUCUCUUUGGCUUAGAUUCUCCUAGAAUUUAUCUUAAGGUCUAUUACCUAGAUGGCUCUUCUUCCUAAAUGAGGUUCUGAAUGUUGUAAUACUCAGUCUCUCUCCUCACCCUUCCCUUUCUUGGUCUCUUCCCAAAUGAGCUGGU